CUUCAGGUCCCCCUUCAGUCGAACUAUGGCAUGGACAAGAGCAGCAAUGCAAAGCAGAGCUUUUGUUAGAAGUCACAGCUCAGUUUUUGGGUUGCCAAGCAGGAUCAAGUUGGAAUUCCUUUCGCCUCUUCACCAGGACUGUGUAGAUUUUAAUCUAAAAACAUGCUGCAGAAUACACUGAAAUGCCUUAUUUUUUUCAUCCUCCAAACAGCAUCAGGUGAUGAUUGCUCUCUUGAGAUUUCUCCCUCGAGAGCUGUGGUAAGGUUCGGAGAAGCAGUUUCGGUCAGCUGUAUGGCAUCUCGGCCUGUGCGUGUUUUAGGAUGGGAAUCAGCCAUCGGGGCAUCAUACACUCAGCGUGACCUCGCAGUCCAGUGGCAGGUGGACAGUUUGAUUGAUUGGAUCGAGGAGCCGAUCUGCUACGGGGUUUUCUUCACUGCACCCAGACAGUGUGAAGAGAAGCUCAACCUUGUUCUAUACAAAACUCCAGACAGCAUCUCCAUCAGCUUGGUGAACCACACCGGAGCCAUGGUGGAAGGCAGAGAGUACCAGCUAUUGUGUGAGGUACAAAACAUCGCGCCAGUCCAGUAUCUCACCCUGCGCUGGUACCGAGGCCAGACUGAAGUAUACAAUAACACAUUCUCUGAGCUGUCACCUGCUACCCCGGUACAAGUGUCUUCCACCCUGCUAAUCACUCCAAGCAAGGCAGAAGAUGGAGCUCCAUACAGUUGUGAGGCAGCACUGGAACUGGGACUAGAAGGACCUCAACCUCCCCCUAGAGUGAAAUCAGAGCCUCUCAGCCUUAAUGUUCAUUACCCGCCUGAAUCAUUCGACCCACAGCAGGAAGUCGUCGAACUCGACGAUGGCGACAAGAUCAUGCUUAAUUGCUCAGCGGGAGGAAAUCCGGCACCUAUGUACAGCUGGAGCUCACUGCAACUGCAGGAGAUUGAUGAUAAUCAGCCGCUUAUUACGACAUCUUCCUCAGGCACCUACACCUGUACUGCAUACAAUUUACUGGGCAAAUCGAGCAAGCAGUUCAUCAUCAAGCUCAAAUCCAAAGGUGUGAAGACUUCACCGAUAUCCAAAACGUGUCAGAGCACUGCUAUUUUUUAUUUUUUUCAGACCAACAAAUCGUCCAGUUUCUUCUGUCACAUACAUGAAUAUUGCAUGCAUGAAUAUUUCUAACAUUGUGUGUAAUGUCUGUGAUACUUGAUUAAUGCAUCAACUUGUUUAACAUUUAAAAUCGUAUUUUUAAAAUAAAAACAAUCUCACACACACCUGUUUUUAUCUGUUUUGUUUGGUAGAACUGGGUUCACUGUUUUUAGUGAAGCUGCUUCGGGUUUCCUAGGGUUGACUUAGAUCAGGGUUUACCAACAUGGUGACCAGGUAGCCUGCAAGGACCACAUGAGUAGCCCGCGGGCCUUUUCUAAAAAUAGCUGUUCCCUACUUUGUU